GGGGGGUGGGUGUUUCCAGAUCAUAGGUAGAUUUAAACAUGUCCUGAUUGUCAAUUGGUUGAUUGAAAAAGUUAUUAUCAAUAGAAAGGCUGUCUGGGUUAUAAGACGUUGUGAGACCUAGAUUUUGUCACACAGAUGAAGCCGUCAGGUAGCAGGCUUUAGAGAAACAGACCUUAAAUGUGUCUUGUCAGACUUAAGGUUUGUGUUGAUGUUAAUUAGGCAUGUCCAAACCCCCCCAGUCCCCUUUUUAUGGCCUGAACCAGUCUUUCACGUUAAACUUUAGGGUGCCCUGGCUGGGGAGAGAGUCCAUUCAGAUGGUCGCCCAUUCAGAUGGUUGUGAGGGGCCUUCAAAUUUUAUUUUUUGGUUUGCAAAACAGAAAAUGGAAGCAUCUUGCUUCCCACUUCAAAACCCCUUUCAUGAGACAUGCUCCCAUUAAAUUACAUGGGAUACAAAACAAACCUUUCUAUGAUGGGAAAGAAAUACCUUCUACAACAUCUUUUUUGAGGUUAGUAAUUAUGGAAAGCAUUUUUUUCUGCAAAGGAAUUCCACGCCCUAUAAAUUUAAAUUAUUAGCUUGUCAUCUCCAAGCGAUCAGCGUCCUCAUAAAUGGUGAGAAGGAACAUAGAACACAGAAUCCAGCAGUUUCAGGAUUAUUCAUCAUCUUUGCUUACUCCUUUGUACACUUCUUCGCCAGAAGUAUAUUCAAAAAAGUUCUUUGGAAGCAUUAAAUCAGCCACCUCUACCUAUGAUUUCCAUUCAUCUCUGGAAUGCAUAAAGUAUGAUUUUCAGACAUGUUCUAAUUCUAAGACCCUUCUCUUCCCGGCAGUUUAAAACAAAAACAAAAACAAAAAACAAAACGUGGUAUCUUUGAGCAUUGGUUUUCAAACAUCACAAUCACUUUAACAUGACUUGAACUGCUUGUGAAAACACAAACUGCUGGGCUCCAGCAGGUUUCUGACUCAACAGGUCUAGGGAGGUGCUUGGGAAUUUGCAUUUCUAACUAGAGUUCCCAGGUGGUGCUGAUGUUCCCAGUCCAGAGACAACAAUUCGAGAUCCACUGCGGUAUCCAGAACUUUUGCUGAUUCCCUGCAAAUCAUGAUACUUCAGGGCUCUCUCUGCAUCGCCUCUACUGAGGAGCCCUCCCCAUUAAAGCUGGGGUAGGUUGGCCCAAGAAGGGAAUCAGGAUCGUUGAGAUUUCAGCACCCCAGCAUUUUUUUUAGUGACUGAAAUAAUGAAAAUUCUGAUCAGGCUCCUGCUUGUUUGCAGAUUUUAACCAGUAGCUUUUUGCCCAAUAUUCUCCCUGUUUCCAUAAUAUAAUUAUAAACUGCUGAUAUACUGCUUCCUCGUCAAGAACGAAGAGGUCACUUCAGGAUCACAAAAAUGUUUGUAGAAGGGAUGAAUACCUCGAAGGGCUUUGCAAUCGGCUGCGGAUGCCUGGACGUCUAAUUGCUCAAGGUAUUAUCUGAGACUGAAGAAACAGACUUGCCCUGGAUUACUUGAAACUCUCCCUCUCUUAUUCUCUAGCAGUAUAAAAACUCUCCGCUUUUUCCUUUUUACAGACGGAUUUGAGAGAUCUUGCUCUCCCUCCUUCUGGCUUUCACCAAAUUGAAUGUCUUUCUCUAUCCCCAAGCACCAGUGUGUCAGUGUUUGACAUCAACUGCACCACUGAUACACGAGCCUGAAUUUGAGCUUCUACAAGAACAUUCCUUCCUAGGCCAAACACCGACGCUGAGAAAUACGAGAACAGAUCAUCGCUAAACAGCAGCUGAAGGCCAGGCGAACUGACUCGCUGCGGAAUCUGUCUUUGCACGUGAUCAGCCAGGCGUCUAUACCCGCAGCCGUCUUCUGACUCCUCCUCACCCUCAGGCCUGACGGUCAGAGUGGAGCUGCGGGACAGCCCGAGCCUCCGGGUCAGCCCCGCGGUCCUCCAUGGCGCUGCUGCACGCGCUUGUCUGCUGCCUGCUGACUGCUUGGCACUGCCGCUCCGGCCUAGGGCUGCCCGUGGCGCCCGUAGGCGGCAGGAAUCCUCCUCCGGCUGUAGGUCAGUUUUGGCAUGUGACUGACUUACACUUAGACCCUACUUACCACAUCACAGAUGACCACACAAAAGUGUGUGCUUCAUCUAAAGGUGCAAAUGCUUCCAAUCCUGGCCCUUUUGGAGAUGUUCUGUGUGAUUCUCCAUAUCAACUUAUUUUGUCAGCAUUUGAUUUUAUUAAAAAUUCUGGACAAGAAGCGUCUUUCAUGAUAUGGACAGGGGAUAGCCCACCUCAUGUUCCUGUACCUGAACUCUCAACAGACACUGUUAUAAAUGUGAUCGCUAAUAUGACAACCACCAUCCAGAGUCUCUUUCCAAAUCUCCAGGUUUUCCCUGCACUGGGUAAUCAUGACUAUUGGCCACAGGAUCAACUGCCUGUAGUCACCAGUAAAGUGUACAACGCAGUAGCAAACCUCUGGAAACCAUGGCUAAAUGAAGAAGCUAUUAGUACUUUACGGAAAGGCGGUUUUUAUUCACAGAAAGUUACAACUAAUCCAAACCUUAGGAUCAUCAGUCUAAACACAAACUUGUACUACGGCCCAAAUAUAAUGACACUGAACAAGACCGACCCAGCCAACCAGUUUGAAUGGCUAGAAAGUACACUGAACAGCUCUCAGUGGAAUAAGGAGAAGGUGUACAUCAUAGCACAUGUUCCAGUGGGGUAUCUGCCGUAUUCACAGAACAUCACAGCAAUCAGAGAAUACUAUAAUGAGAAAUUGAUAGAUAUUUUUCGAAAAUACAGUGAUGUCAUUGCAGGACAAUUUUAUGGACACACUCACCGAGACAGCAUUAUGGUUCUUUCAGAUAAAAAAGGAAGUCCAGUAAAUUCUUUGUUUGUGGCUCCUGCUGUUACACCAGUGAAGAGUGUUUUAGAAAAACAGACCAACAAUCCUGGUAUCAGACUAUUUCAGUAUGAUCCUCAUGAUUAUAAAUUAUUGGAUAUGUUGCAGUAUUACCUGAAUCUGACAGAGGCGAAUCUAAAGGGAGAGUCCAUCUGGAAGCUGGAGUAUAUCCUGACCCAGACCUAUGACAUUGAAGAUUUGCAGCCGGAAAGUUUAUAUGGAUUAGCUAAACAAUUUGCAAUCAUAGACAGUAAGCAGUUUAUAAAAUACUACAAUUACUUCUUUGUGAGUUAUGACAGCAGCGUAAUAUGUGAUAAGACAUGUAAGACCUUUCAGAUUUGUGCAAUUAUGAAUCUUGAUAAUAUUUCCUAUGUAGAUUGCCUCAAACAGCUUUAUAUAAAGCACAGUUACUAGUAUUUCACAGUUUUUGUUAAUAGAAAAUGCUGCUCCGAUUCUGAGAUCAAUUUGUGGGAAUUUUACAUAAAUCUUUGUUAAUUACUGAGUGGGCAACUAGACUUCCUGUCUUUGCUUUCUUUCUUUCUUUUUUUUUUUGAUGCCUAAAUGUAGAUAUCUUCAUCAUUCUGAAUUGUAUUAUAUAUUAAAACUGCUCAUUAAUAGAACAAUGGAUGUAAAUUGGAUGUAAAUAUUCAGUUUAUAUAAUGAUACCUAAUUUAUACCCUUGUUGAAAUUGCCAUUUAUACAAUAAAGCAAAUUCUUUAUCUCUAAA